GCAGGCGACGGUGAGGAUGAUGAUGAUGAGGAUAGGGAAGUUGUGGAGGGGUUGAGUGUGGGUGCUGAUCUAGGUACGAUGCGUUUGUUCUUCCCCCGGCCCAAUUCUUUUCCCAUGAAUGUCCCAGCCGUGCUCUAUCCCACAGACAGAUAUACCUGAAGUGAACAGACCAUGAGACAUACAAUACAAUAUGCACUCCGACCCAUCCGUGAUCGCCGCCCUCCCUUCAGAAUGGGACGUCCCCUCCGAGUCGGCAGCCCACCCGCUCGAGGCGAAGCGCUACGCCGAGCUGGCGGGCGAGCUGCGGGCCCUUGCGGAGCGGAAGCAGCAGGCUCUUGCGCGUGUUGCGCGUUUGCGGCGCAUGAAGGAGCUUCUGGAGCCCUUUUCACCUUCUACGUCUCUUACUCUUACUGCUGCUGCUGCUGAUGGUGAUGGUGAAGUGGUCGGGGAUCAGGGAGGAGAUAGCAGUGGUGGUGGUGCCGGUGUUCAGGAAAAUCUCGUCACACGUAACGGCGAGAUCGAGGCUGAACUCCAACGCAUGAGAGUGCUUCUUGCAAGAGUCGGUGGGCGGGUUGGGUUGCUCAGGGAGAAGCGGCAGCAGCAGCAGGGCGAUGCGAGCCAAGGGGGUUUGGGGACAGGGGAUGGUGGGGAGACAGCGAUGGAAGUGGACGAUGUGGAUAUGGAUGUGCAGAAGAAGGUUGGGCAGCUUUUGGAGAGUUUUUGAUGUUUUCUUGCCACCUUGUCACGGUCUUUGGGGGCCAGAUCGACAUACCGAGGUAAGGACUUUCGUACAACUGGGCUGGGUAUUGUUGUUGGUUUGAUGGUGGGAAUGGAGUUACUCUGCAGUUUGUUGACUUGCACGGAGCAUGGUGGUUGGUAGUGAUACCCAAUACUCGAUCUGAUCUAGACGUGAUAUUUA